CGCCGACGUCACUAUCCCUUCUCCCUUCUCAAACGAGCUCUGCUCGCCAUUUGACUCCGUUGUGUAUAUUUUUUCCUAUCAUGCCAAAUUCCUUUUUUUUUGAACUUCCAUUUUGUCUAGCAGAUUUAUUGCGCUCAACUUUCAUCAUCGUUUCAACUGGUGCGACAGAGAAGCAUCCUUCACUUCCCAGGCACCACCAAGCACGGUGGAGCCCUCUUUUCGCAUCGAUCACGUUUUUUUUUAAAAAAAUAAAAUAAUACCACACGAAUCUACUCCUACUUCGUCAACCGGGUAUCAUUGGUCGCAAAACAAGGUCAGAUAUUGAUAUGGCGUAGGAAUCGGGCGCUAGUAAAUACCGAAAUCACAAAAAAAAAAAAAAAAGAAAAAAAUGGCCAACCUCUCAGGCAAACGCCGCCACGGCAAACAGGCGAAGAAACAGCAGACCUUGGAUGCUCUACUUGGCAAAAACAGCUCUCCUCUGGCAUCGAGACAGAAAGUGCCAACACCGAGCUCCAGUGCUGCAACUAGACCAGCACCCGCAGGCAACGUUAGGUUCAUGCCGAGAGGUGUUGCACGGGGUGCCCCACCAACGGCAGCUUCGGAUUCUGAAGAUGACGAUGACAGGGCUGGUGAUGAUGAUGCUGAGCCCGAUCCACCAGCUGUAGCUCCGGCCUCGCCCCCGCGCUCGUCAGCCAAGCGCAAAGCCGUGGUGUUGAGUGAUGACGAGCAUGAGGAUGAGGAUGAUGUCCCGAUAGCGACACCUGCUAGAGCUCGAAAGCAAAAGGUCGUUGUUCUUGAUAGCGACAGUGAUAGCGAUGUACGACCUUCAACGGCAAAAAGACGACGCCUGGCAAGAAGACAGUCAACCCCAUCCCCGCCCGGAUCGCCCGGCCCGAGUACAAAAGGCCGUUUACGCAGCACACCCACCAGUCGCAGUCUCAAGUCGCAAAGGGAAAGGCGCAUGGAGCUCCUCAGGCGCCGCCGCAACGGCGAAAAUGUAACCGAGCUUGAUCAGAUUGACGAAGCGUCCAACGAUGAAGAGCCACAGAAAGCACUUUACGAUACGGAUUCGGACCUCCCGGCUUUGGACGAGUUCGAUGAUGAAGAUACGGACAGCAAGGAGACUUUAGUGGAGCCCAGGCAAACACAGUCCAGCCCUACCAAACACAAAGAUCAACCUGUGGUACCGGAAGGCAGUGACGCCGAUAGCCUGGAUAGCUUCAUUGACGAUGAGGAAGGCCUUAUCGGCGUGCCAGACUCGGUGGAAAUUCCCCUGGAGUUCACUUCACAAGCUCACAAGCCCAUGAAGGCUUUGUUCAAGGAUAUCAUCGACUGGCUGGUACAGAACCGUAUCAAUCCGGAUUUUGAUCGUGAAAACGCAGUCUACCGUCUGGCCUGGAGAAAACUUGAUGACGAGUUUCGAGGUCUAGCGUCUUCCAAGUUCUCCUCGGCUGCCUGGAACCCCGAAUUCCACAAGUCUUUGAGAGCUAGGCCGUAUAUGGAUAAUUACGAAUCUUCCAUGGAUAGGUCCGAUUUGUUCACCACCUGCCAAGCUUGCAAUCGUACCGGCCACCCAGCUACGCGUGUGAUAAGGUUCAGUGGCAAGCCCUAUAGCCAACAGACUCUGGAUGAAAUCGAGCAGAGUGAACCCGACUCAGAAGACGAAGGUCCACACCGGGACAGGGAUGAGAAUAACCAUCUCAUUGCUGGAGAGGGCAAGGACUGGAUGUGUGGCGCGGUCUGCGCGAGCAACGCCGAAACUGCACAUGACUUGCUUCAUUGGAAGCACUCUCUGAAGGAUUGGGUCGACGAGAGGCUGGGAACCCAAGGUCUCAUGUCUGCAAAGAAAGUGGAAAAGAGGCAGCGCCUUUCGUCUAAGAAGCGGAGGAAGCGCGCCGACAAGAUAGUGGACGAAUGGGAAGAAAAAGGUGUAGUGAGGGCCCUUUAUGACGAUUUCAAGCGGACGCUCGAGACGGCUCGAGUCAAACCUACAACUGGAAAGACCAAGAGGAGGAGGUAGGGAUAUGGGGUUCUCCGCAUGCUCAGGUCGCCACGACAUUUCCUAGGAAUUAACCGCUGUCCGUCCAUUCCGACUAUCCCAUCUUUUUGAGUGAACGGAGAAGCUGUUGACGGACGGCAACCUACCGGGGGAAUAAUGGCAUGGGUAUGGAAGUUCCUUUGUUGUUUUUAUUUCCUCUUUUGCGUGUGGCGAUGUAUUUGGCUCAACUUUGAGCAAGCAGCGAUACCCGAACCGGAAAUACCCAAGAACGACAGCCGCAAAACACAACAUUCAGCUAGUCACGCAUGCAUCUUUGGGGUUGGAGUUGGACCAAAAGUGGUCGGUUGCCUUAUCAUCGUCCAAAGGAGCAAAGCUAUCUGUGACGACAUAACUCGUGGGCAAGCUGACACAAGUACAUGAUGGCUAAGUCAGGGAUACACCUAGAUGGCCGAUCCUGAAACACAGGAGAGCCGCGGACUGGGGGCUGGGGGUUUGCGAGGAAGGGGUGGUAGCAAAAAAAGAUCACCCCGUUCCUCCACCACUACCAUACUCACAUAAAGGCCAGUUCCAGGCCGGGCAGGCGGGGUUUUUUGGGGCUAUUCCCAGCCAAAAUAAAGCAGCCCAUCGUGGUCAGGGUUCUUGCCAGACGGUGAGGGAACCGGGUAUUGCGGAAUCAUGCCAAAGAGGGUAAAUGAAAAAUAAAGCCAAGAUUUCCUGACACUCUGGACCCUUGACUCCGUUUCCUCGAGUAAUAAAUAGCCACUGAUGCAACAAUCCAAGGAUGGAUACUCUGGUAUCUUCGUGGCCUUUUUAACUGUAAGGUGUACAGUACUGUCAGCUGUUAUGUAGUGCAAUGACCAUUUCUGCUUCAGGUUGGCGUGCACUAGGGACCCUAACCCUUCUACGUUGCGAUACUGCAGGUCAUCAAUCAAUAUGCACACACAUAAACCUUCUGUAGUAGAACUAGGCUAGAGGUAGGGGUGCGCCCGCCCUGGAUCAUAAGGGACCAUACUUCAACCUACUCAGGUACGUGAGGCGAAAUGACGAG